UAGAGGUCCACAUGGACUAUGCAACACUGACUAGAAAAAGCCUAAAAAUUUUCAGUCCAGAAAAAACCCUGAUCGGCUUCUGGACUGGUCAUUUCAGAUACAAAAAUUAGUCUAUUCAGCUGGACAGUCUGAAAAAGUUUGUAAGCUUUGGUCUUUUUAUGUAUACCUCUAGCCAAAGUAUGGUAAUGAUAAGAAACCUAAGUUUUGUUUAGAAGGAGAGUUCGAUUCAAAUUUAAGCAUGGUGGAUUAGAAUUUACGGUAAUUAAUUUGACCACUUGAUGCUGGUUAAGUGAAACAGUUAAAUCGGGCCAAAUUUAGAAAUUUGGUCCUUCGUCUUGAGUUGAGUUUAAGUCCCCUAAAAUCUUGACUUAAAUGAUAUUUAGAAUGUGUAAGUAAAUCAUUUAGAGUGAAAUAUGUUAUUUAAUAAGUUAUACAAAUCAAAUAUUUUGGUCUUUUGAAAAUUGACGUGCAAAAGUAUAUGUUUCUUAUGACUUAAGAAUUAGAGUUCACGUUAUACAUGUUUAUCUUGACGUGGUUUCUCAUAAGUAUAUCUUUUUAGUUGUUAAUAUACUUACUCAACUAACGCUUCAUUAUUUUAAUAUAGAAAUAGCGUUUUAAAAUGAAAUUAACUAAAAUGAACGUUGCAUAAAUUAUAUAUAUUAAUAAAGUAGAUAUUAGAUUAAAAAGCCUGCAAAAUAUAUAAAUAAUUGUGGUUCUUCCCAUGGUGCAUUAUUCAAAUGAUAGUUGUUGGUCCGUGGUAGAUUAAUAAAUAUUGAAAGACUUCUCAUUUAAAGAAUUUCUCGCGUAAUUUACACCACUUUAUCUUGUUUUAAAUUUAUGGCAUUGUACUUCAUACCAAUUUAUUUUUCUUUAAUUUGACAAAGUCAUAAAAAGUGGUUAAAGUCAUAAUUUUAAUAAUGACAAAUUAAUAACCAAUAUUGCUACCCCUACCCCCACCUCCCUUCCUCACAUCCAUUCCUAUAUCAUAUUUGCCUUUAUAUUUCGUUAUAGAUAAUGCAUAUAAUAUUUGCCUUUAUAUUUCAUCAUAGUAUUCGAGUUUGAUAUUUUUCGUUUUAUGUCAAACAACUGGUAUUUGUACUCAAACAAUCCGUAUAACCUAAUGUAUUCUAUUAGAUAUUUAUUCGGCAUAAAGCAACAAAAUCUCUCUCUCUCUCUCUCUCUCUCUCUCUCUCUCUCUCUCUCUCUCUCUCUCUCUCUCUCUCUCUCUCUCUCUCUCUCUCUCUCUCUCGUACGUUUGUCGUAGACAAUACCACGUAAAUAGAUUGUAUAUAUCUUUGUUUCCGCUUGCAUUAUUACUCUGUGUUAAAUCAUUUAUCAAGUUGUUGAAGUGCUUAAAACCUAACAGCCACUGCCCGCCACCACCAUCUUUCAUUGUCUCCACCACCAUGAGAACAUAACCACCUCCCACAACCACCACAUUGUCCUUCGCCACGACAAGAAGAUAAACACCUCCGGCCACCACCACAUCGUUCUUCUAACUAUUCUCUUCAAAAUCAGUUGUUGGAAUUGAAACCCCGAGAACCAUGACUUAGUUAAAUCCAUAUAUUUCGAUCAUCAUUAUGUGCACCAUCGUUCAUCAAGUAUUUACCAAUUAUAAUCGGAGGAUAUGUGUGCUAUGAACUAACUUAAUAAAAAGAAAUUUAUCAAGUAUUUACCCUCUUAAUUCUUACUAGACGUUGGAGAAUCUAGUUCUCUCCAAAAUUCUUCCCAAUUCACAAAAGAUGCCUCUACCUUAUUUCUCAAGCCUACUUAAAGGACAACAUACUAACAAAUAAAUUUCUAGUUUACCCCUCCAUUACAAAAGGAUUCCCCAACUCAUGUCCCUAAAGAGCCACUUUGUCCUCAAGGUGAAAGGAAGGAAAGUCACGAUGCAAGGCUUCCAUGCAUCUGUUUGAACAUCCACUAUAGGGAAUGAUUGAUUCCCAAUAGCCUUUUUCGUUAAAUCAGAAAAAGGAUUCUUUCUUUACUUAAAGAAAAAAAAAAUCCAAACUACUAUGAUUUCUAUGUAAUUUGACCAAUUGUAUAUUAAUUUUUAAGAGAUUAAUUUUUUCCCACCAUUACUUACUAAUACUUUUUGUAAUUUGUUUAAUGUAUACUUUUGAAGAACCACAUGGUUUUUUUUUCUUCUUUUUAUUCAUUUUAUUUCGGUUUUCUUAUAACUUUAUGGAUGACAUCUUCGUUUUGUGAUUAAAAUAAAACACAUGGAAGAUAAAAUCAACAAUAACUGACUGAAAAAUCGUAUAUUAAUUUCGGGGCCCCGAAUCAAACUACUCAAGUUUCGGAUUUUUCCCGUUAAUUUCAAAACUUUUGUGCCACUUUUUGGCCGAUUAAAAUGGCGCUUCACUAUUACAAUCUCUCCCAAAAUGCCUCCGCCGUAUCUCUCCUCCGCCACCUUCCUCCUCCUCUUCCUCCUCUACUCCAGCCACCUAACCGUAUCUCUUACAGAACCCACCUUCCCCUCCUUCCCAGGCUGCGACGGAACUUUCUCUUGUGGCAACAUCCACAACCUCAGCUACCCUUUCACCGGCGGUGAUCGACCCGAUCACUGUGGUCCACCUGAAUUCCGACUUAUCUGUACUACAAACGAGUACCCUGAGUUAAUCUCCGAACCAGUUACUUACCGGGUUCUCGAAGCUAACUUGACCGGAAAAACCCUCGUACUAGCCAGAUCGGACUUAUGGAAAAAUCCUUGUCCUACCACCUUUCUUAAUUCGACUCUCGAUUCGAAUUACUUUGAUGCUGAUGGCGUUGAGAAUGUUGAUCUCACCAUAUUCUUUGGAUGUAGUUCGUCGCUCAUGCCUAUCCAACCACAACACCGGUUUUUUUGUGAUGUAGGUGGUGUGGAUCUUACAGAUUCGUACUUUUUAAUCGGGAAUGUUCCUAUUGAACCGAUAUUAAAGAUGAUACACUGUUUUAAGGGUGUGAGGACUCCGUUGUUAAGAACUGUUGCUGAUGAUCUCAAUCAAAGUAUGUUGACUCUUGCAGAAGCUUUGACUAUGGGUUUUCAGGUUACCUACAGUAAUCCGUUUGAUGAGAAGUGUUUAGAGUGUGGUAGGUUGCAAGGGCUUUGUGGAUUCAACGUUGCUACAAGCCAACCCAUUUGUAUUUGCAACAGUAGUAUAUGUAACCCACCAGGGAGUUCAAGGAAAGGAUCUGUGAUUAUAAUCCUUUCAACCCUUGGAGCAAUUGUUGUAGUUUUUGGUGUGGGAUUGGGAAUCUUUGUUUGUAAACAAAGGAGGAAAAGGCGUAAUAGAAAAGAAGCAUCAUCCUUAAAAACCGAGGGCAAAGGACUAACGAGUUAUACCCAAUCUAAUUUCAGUUCUAGCAUCCCUUCAUAUCCUUCACCAACAACUAAAGACUUCACAAAUUGCUCCUAUUUUGGAGCUCAAGUUUUUACCUAUGAAGAACUAGAACUAGCUACCGAUAAUUUCAAUGAUUCAAGAGAACUCGGUGAUGGUGGUUAUGGAACUGUUUAUCAUGGUAAGCUUCUCGAUGGGCGAGAAGUAGCAGUGAAACGUUUAUACGAGAACAAUUUCAAACGUGUACAUCAAUUCAUGAACGAAAUUGAAAUCUUGACAAAACUUCAACACAAAAACCUUGUGAAAUUAUACGGAUGCACAUCAAAACGAAGCCGCGAACUACUACUCGUAUACGAAUACGUUCCAAAUGGCACAGUAGGCGAUCAUCUUCAUGGAAAACUAUCAAACUCAAACUCAAAUUCAAACAUGUUUCCAUGGUCUAUACGCCUCAACAUCGCCAUAGAAACAGCCGAAGCACUAGCCUACCUCCAUGAAUCCGACAUCAUACAUCGCGACGUAAAAACCAAUAACAUUCUCUUAGACAAAAGUUUCAAAGUCAAAGUUGCUGAUUUUGGUUUAUCAAGAUUGUUUCCAAACAACGCGACACAUGUCUCAACGGCCCCACAAGGGACACCUGGCUAUGUGGACCCCGAAUACUACCAAUGUUACCAGUUGACUGACAAGAGUGAUGUUUUUAGUUUCGGGGUGGUUUUGAUUGAGCUUAUUUCUUCUUUACAAGCCGUUGAUACUAAUAGAGAUAGGCUCGAUAUAAACUUGGCUGCAAUGGGGGUUAGUAAGAUUCAGAAUCAUAUGUUGGGGGAGUUGGUGGAUGAGAGGAUUGGGUUUGAGAGUGAUGGGGAGGUGAGGCGGAUGGUUACUUUGGUGGCGGAGUUGGCUUUCCGGUGUCUGCAACCGGAGGCGGAUAUGAGGCCGACAAUGAAGGAGGUGGUGGAGAUUUUGAGAGGGAUUCAGAAUGAUGAAAUGAAUGCUCAGAAACCGGAGGUUGUUGAUUUUGUGGUGGAGUGUGGGCUCUUUAAGGAUCAUAAUACACAACCACCAUCCCCGGAGUAUGGUGUUACUAACAAAUUGGUUAAUGGGUCGUUGCCAAAUUCUUCUGAUGGUUGAUAGAACUUUCUUGCGUAUUAAGAGUUUGGUUAUGCACUGUGUUUUGAGUUUUGUUACAAUCAUGAUCACUUUUUGGUAUGUGACUUUAGUUUUGAUGUUCA